AUGUCUCCAUUCGAAAAGAUACUGGCGUCCGGGCCCAGUUCCGACCGCGAAGAAAUCGCCUACGAGUCUGUUCCUUUGCGAGCUGACGAUGAUGGCCAGCCGACCGCUGACAACACCUCUAUGAUCGAGUUGGCGAAGGUCCAGAAGAAGUUGAAGUUUUUUCGCACCGGUUUUUAUAUCACCCAUGCUUUUCAAGCUUUGUUCUUCGUGUUCUGGUUGUUUCGUGGCAGCAACACAUCACAUCCGCUCGCAACAUAUCGAGAUCUUAAAUGGAGUGGACUGCUAGGCGAGGAUUGGAACGGUUUAAUCCCUAAUGGAAUCGGAUACCCACUGAAACCGACCUUCUGGGGUCAGGAUCACCCAUAUUACAUGCCCGAGGAUAUGUUUCAAGACUUUGACAAGUCACUGGCUAUGAUAGAUCGCUGGAAGUAUAUGCACAAUAGUUCCAGCAUUUUUGUCGCACCUGAUGAACCUCGUGUGAAGCGAAUUAAGCCUGAUGGCACCAUCGUCGAGUUACCGCCUUUCUGGCCUUGGGAUCCUCUUAAGGACGGCAGGGAACUCUACGUCGUACGCGGCUUCCACCAAAUGCACUGCAUAUUCGUCAUCUCCGAAGAGUUUACCUACCAUUAUGCGCAGACCAACGACUCCCUGUGGACGGCCGGACAUGUAGCACACUGCAUCAAUACUCUUCGCGACGCCAUCAUGUGCAUGGCGGACGCUCAACCAUUGUCAUAUGUCAACGGCUACAAAAACGGGCACGCGACGGAUGAUCAAGCCAUGAUGUGUAGAGAUUGGGAGGAAUUGCAUAAAUUCGUCAAUAGCCCUGCGAGGGGAUUACGAAUCAAAAAUGUCGCGCCUGCUGGAAGCAAGGUCGACAAGAUGGCCCCCAUCAUACCUUAUCCUGAUCUGACUGAGGAACAGUUGAGGGGUUUAGCUUGA